UCUACACGCCAUUUAUCAAGUAGGUCCCCUGAUGGCCGUGGAGACAACUCGGGGAACAGUGUUGCACUGGAGGGCACACAGCUGGCCCCUGCGCUCUCGUCUCACCCCAGUGGCCUCUCUGCACUCUGUGGCCAGAGAACUACAUGGCCUGGCCGGGGGACCCUACACAGUGGUGGUGCUGGGUAUGGGAGCCCACUUCACCACGUUCCCUCCCUCCAUCUUUGCCCGAAGACUGGCAGGGAUUCAGGCAGCAGUGAAGGCCCUGCUGGACCGGGAACCCAGUACUCAGGUCGUCAUCAAACUGGCCAACACUGGCUACAAAUCGGUGUAUGGCAGUGACUGGCUCACACUCCAGAUGAACCGCUUCCUCCGCGCUGCCUUUGUUGGUCUCCGAGUGGCCUUUGUGGAUGCGUGGGAAAUGACCUCCAGCUUGGCUGUGCCAGAUGACAUCCACCCAAGGAAGUUUAUUGUCCGCAAUGAAGUGGAAUUAUUUCUGUCCUUCAUCUGUCCCACCUGAGUGCUCCUGAGGGAUCUGAGGCUGAAUGGAUGGUGUGAGAGCCUGGGUGUGGCCAUCUCAAAAUGAACUUCUGUGAUAGAAAGCUGAAGCUACCCUGGCUCACCCACUAUGACACUGUGGGUCCGUAUUUCAUACUUCUCUCUGUGCGUCACGUGGACAAAUCUAGUUCAAUACAAA